AGCCAAACCCCUGGAGAACCUGACAUAAAUAGGACCCGGAACCUGGACUAGCGCAUAGGAGAUUCCACUAGGACUCCACAGCUCCCAUCUCAUCCUCUGCAGUCCAUCUUCAAAGCACCAUGACCUGCGGAUCAGGGUUUGGUGGCCGCCAGUUCAGCUGCGCCUCGGCCUGCGGGCCCCGGCCAGGCCGCUGCUGCAUCUCCGCCGCCCCCUACCGCGGCAUCUCCUGCUACCGCGGCCUCUCCAGGGGCUUCGGGGGCUUCGGCAGCCGCAGCGUCAGCGGAGCCUUCCGCUCAGGCUCCUGUGGCCGCAGCUUCGGAUACCGCUCCGGAGGCGUCUGCGGGCCCACUCCCCCCUGCAUCACCACCGUGUCUGUCAACGAGAGCCUGCUCACGCCCCUCAACCUGGAGAUCGACCCCAAUGCGCAGUGCGUGAAGCAUGAGGAGAAGGAGCAGAUCAAGGGCCUCAACAGCAGGUUCGCCGCCUUCAUCGACAAGGUGCGCUUCCUGGAGCAGCAGAACAAGCUGCUGGAGACCAAGUGGCAGUUCUACCAGAACCGCAAGUGCUGUGAGAGCAACCUGGAGCCGCUGUUCGAGGGCUACAUCGAGACGCUGAGGCGGGAGGCCGAGUGUGUGGAGGCUGACAGUGGGAGGCUGGCCGCUGAGCUCAACCACGUGCAGGAGGCCAUGGAGGGCUACAAGAAGAGGUACGAGGAGGAAGUCUCUCUGAGAGCUACAGCUGAGAAUGAAUUUGUGGCUCUGAAGAAGGACGUGGACUGUGCCUACCUGCGCAAGUCAGACCUGGAGGCCAACGUGGAGGCGCUGACCCAGGAGAUUGACUUCUUGAGGCGACUGUAUGAGGAGAACACCAAGCUGGAGGCUGCCGUGACCCAGUCCGAGCAGCAGGGUGAGGCAGCCCUCACUGAUGCCCGCAGUAAGCUGACUGAGCUGGAGGCCGCCCUGCAGAAGGCCAAGCAGGACAUGGCCUGCCUGCUCAAGGAGUACCAGGAGGUGAUGAACUCCAAGCUGGGUCUGGACAUCGAGAUCGCCACCUACAGGCGCCUGCUGGAGGGCGAGGAGCACAGACUAUGCGAAGGUGUCGGGUCUCUGAAUGUCUGUGUCAGCAGCUCGCGUGGCGGAGUGGUGUCCGGAGACCUGUGUGUGUCCGGCUCGCGGCCGGUUACCGGCAGCGUCUGCAGCGCCCCGUCCAGUGGGAACGUGGCCGUAAGCACCGGCCUGUGCGGUCCCUGCGGCUCUGCGGUGUCCAGCCGUGUGGGCACUGGCGGAGUGGCCUCUCGCUGCAUCAGCUCUUUUGGCGUGGGUUCCUGUGCCAGCAGCUGCCGGAAAUGUUAG